GUCGGUCCCGAGCGCCUCCUGGGCUGGAGCCAAGAGCACGGGAGGGCCCGAGGAGGGCGGGGAGGAUCGGGAGGACCGACUCGACCUCUGGGAGGCGGCCGCGCAGCGGGCGGUUGGGGCGCGCGUGGGAAACGCUCCUUCGGGCGCUGGGGAGCGAUCGAGGCUGCAGCCCCGGGACAAGGAGGGUGGAGUGGACGGUGCGUGGCAGGCGCUGCCCCCCCGCCCCCCCAAACCUCCAACCCCGCUGCCCCUGGCCCGGCCCCAGGAUUUGGUGCCGAGCCGGGACGCGGUUCCCGCGGGGUCGGCGGGGCUCCCCAGGCGCGCCCCUUUGGAGAGACGGAGCCGGGGGCCGGCGGCGGCGAUGCGGGAGGAGCCGGCGGGGCUGGGCGCCGGGCUCCGCUCCUCGGCCGGCGGCUCUGCGGGGCGCUCCCCGCCAGGGGGCGGCCCGGCGCGGGGCGAGCGGGCGGCGGCCGGCCGGGGGCUGUAGGGGAACCGGCUGCGAGUCACCCGGCUCACCUGGGCACCGCGUCGCCCCCGGCACGUCCAGGAAUCGAGGGUCCGCGCCUCGGACUUCACACGUUUGCUAUGUUGCCCUUUGGAGACAAAACCAGAGAAAUGGUCAAUGCAUGGUUCGCUGAGAGAGUCCACACCAUCCCCGUGUGCAAGGAGAGCGUCCGAGGCGUCCCGGAAGCCUGCCCCUGCACCCCGCAGCAGAGCCCCCGCGCCGACGGCAGCGCCCCGGGGACCCCGACCCGCAAAAUCUCCGCCUCGGAGUUCGACCGUCCACUGCGGCCCAUCGUGGUCAAGGACUCGGAGGGCGCCGUGAGCUUCCUGCCCGACGCGGAGAAGAGGGAACAGAUGCCGCUCACCCCUCCCCGCUUCGACCACGACGAGGGGGACCAGUGCGCCCGGCUCCUGGAGUUGGUGAAGGAUAUUUCCAGUCACUUGGACGUCACCGCCUUGUGUCACAAAAUCUUCCUGCACAUCCACGGACUCAUCUCCGCCGACCGCUACUCCCUGUUCCUGGUGUGCGAGGACAGCUCCAACGACAAGUUCCUCGUCAGCCGCCUCUUCGACGUGGCCGAGGGGACCACGCUGGAAGAAGCGUCCAACAACUGCAUCCGCCUGGAAUGGAACAAAGGCAUCGUGGGGCACGUGGCCGCGCUGGGCGAGCCCCUGAACAUCAAAGACGCCUAUGAGGAUCCGAGGUUCAAUGCAGAAGUUGACCAAAUCACAGGCUACAGGACUCAAAGUAUUCUCUGCAUGCCAAUUAAGAACCACAGGGACGAGGUUGUCGGUGUAGCUCAGGCCAUCAACAAGAAAUCAGGCAACGGUGGGACUUUCACGGAAAAAGAUGAAAAGGACUUUGCUGCUUACUUGGCCUUCUGUGGUAUUGUUCUUCAUAACGCUCAACUCUACGAGACCUCAUUGCUGGAGAACAGGAGAAAUCAGGUGCUGCUCGACCUCGCUAGCUUAAUCUUUGAAGAACAACAGUCAUUGGAAGUAAUACUAAAGAAAAUAGCUGCCACCAUUAUCUCUUUCAUGCAGGUGCAGAAAUGCACCAUUUUCAUAGUGGAUGAAGAUUGCUCCGAUUCUUUUUCCAGCGUGUUUCACAUGGAGCACGAGGAGCUAGAGAAACCAUCAGAUACUUUAAUGAGGGAACGUGAUCCAGCCAGAGUUAAUUACAUGUAUGCUCAGUAUGUCAAAAAUACCAUGGAACCACUGAAUAUCCCGGACGUGAGUAAGGACAGAAGAUUCCCCUGGACCAAUGAAAACACAGGAACUGUUAACCCACAGUGCAUUAGAAGUUUGCUUUGCACACCAAUAAAGAAUGGAAAGAAGAAUAAGGUGAUAGGGGUCUGCCAACUUGUGAAUAAGAUGGAGGAGAAUUCCGGCCAGGUGAAGCCUUUCAACCGAAACGAUGAGCAGUUCCUGGAAGCUUUUGUCAUCUUCUGUGGGCUGGGCAUCCAGAACACACAGAUGUACGAGGCGGUGGAGAGAGCCAUGGCCAAGCAGAUGGUCACCUUAGAGGUCCUGUCCUACCAUGCGUCGGCGGCCGAAGAGGAGACCAGGGAGCUGCAGUCUCUGGCGGCGGCUGUGGUCCCCUCCGCCCAGACCCUGAAGAUCACUGACUUCAGCUUCAGCGACUUCGAGCUGUCCGACCUGGACACGGCCCUGUGCACCAUCCGGAUGUUCACGGACCUCAACCUGGUGCAGAACUUUCAGAUGAAGCACGAGGUGCUUUGCAGGUGGAUCUUAAGCGUUAAGAAGAACUACCGGAAGAACGUGGCCUACCACAACUGGAGGCACGCCUUCAACACGGCACAGUGCAUGUUCGCCGCCCUGAAGGCCGGCAAGAUCCAGAACAAGCUCACCGACCUGGAGACGCUUGCGUUGCUGAUCGCGGCUCUGAGCCAUGACCUGGACCACCGCGGGGUGAACAACUCGUACAUACAGCGGAGCGAGCACCCGCUGGCACAGCUCUACUGCCACUCCAUCAUGGAGCACCACCACUUCGACCAGUGCCUGAUGAUCCUCAACAGCCCGGGCAACCAGAUCCUGAGCGGCCUGUCCAUCGCGGAGUACAAGAGCGCCCUGCGGAUCAUCAAGCAGGCCAUCCUCGCCACGGACCUGGCGCUCUACAUCAAGCGCCGUGGAGAAUUUUUCGAGCUUAUAAGAAAAAACCAGUUUAAUUUGGAAGACCCUCACCAAAAGGAGUUGUUUCUGGCCAUGCUGAUGACGGCGUGCGACCUCUCGGCCAUCACGAAGCCCUGGCCCAUCCAGCAGCGGAUAGCCGAACUCGUCGCCACCGAGUUUUUUGACCAAGGAGACAAGGAGAGGAAGGAGCUGAACAUCGAGCCCGCGGACCUGAUGAACAGGGAGAAGAGGAACAAAAUCCCCAGCAUGCAAGUCGGCUUCAUAGACGCCAUCUGCUUGCAGCUGUACGAGGCCUUGGCCUGGGUGUCCGAGGACUGCGCCCCCUUGCUGGACGGCUGCAGGAAGAACCGGCAGCAGUGGCAGGCGCUGGCCGAGCGGCAGGAGACGACGCUGAUCAACGGGGAGAGCGGCCAGGCCAAGCGGAACUGAAGGAGCGCGACCCGCCGUGGUCCUGGGCCCGCGGCCGCCGGGCGCGCCCCCUCCGGGGCUGGUGGCUCGUUCUGCAGCGCCGGGCGGGCACCGCGUGGCCACGGCUGUGCUUUCCACUUCGUGCACCCCCCGGAGCCUCGUGUGUGUCUGUUUCGUGCCACAGGGAUCGGCCUCCCCCCCGUGAGGGGGGAGCCCCUGGGCCGUGGGCUUUGUGUUCCCGAACUGACGCGACCUUCCUCCGCGUCUCUGGGUUUUCUGCAGUGACCCGUCUUUCGAGACUGUUUGGAACCUCGUGGCUUUCUCCAAAAAUAAAGGGGGUGGCGGGUGAGGGCAGAGAGUCGGACCUAUCCCGGGAGCGUUAAACCCUGCGCAGCAAAGAGGAAAAUGAGUGGACGCUAGCCGGCCUGUCCACCCGCCGUGUACGACCUGAGACCAGCGCAGCGGGGUGGGGUGGGAGAGGAAACGUUCCAAACGUUCCUGCGCAGCGUUGUCGGAAAGCGUCCUUGUUUCAGUGCAGUGCACAGGACCCAAAGGCUGCCGGGGAAGGCUCUGACUCCCCUGGGGGGGCGAGAGGGGUUCACCGGCCGGACACAGGGCAUGACCCCCAAAUGGAGCAGCCCCCCGAAUUUGAGAGUUUUAGUGUCACAGGACGGAGUUUCCUUCCCAAAGCGACGUCCUUGUCUCUCCUCCCUUGGAAGCAAACACACUGGGAGCACUGUAGGCCGGGAGGGGCGAAGGAUUUGCUUUUUAAUCCUUCGUGAGAUGGAGCAGAAAGACUGGUUGUAUUUAUUUCAACAGUCAGGGCUGAUCUGCGGGUUCAGGCGAGAGACCCCUGGUCCAGGCUGCAGCCCAGAGAACUGACGUGGAACCUCCCGGGGUCCGCCUCAGGCACUGCAGUGCAUUGGGGGACGAGAACCUGCUUCCCUCGUGAGGUUUGCGGGACCAGCCCACCCAGUCUCGGGGAGUGCGGGGGCUUCUCUUGAGCACUGGUGAGUGGAGCAUAUCCCUGACCGGCCAGGGAUGGGACACUCCUGGUUCUUCCUUACCCCACCCCAAACGGUUUGGGCUUUCUCACUCACCUGGGCGGAAGUGAGUGAUACCUUCAUUCCUUUCCCCUUAAACUGUCUGAAGUGGAACAUGUUCACGAUCUUUUGUUUCCUUAACCUCUAAGUGUGCCUGUGUAUCCCGACACGGGGUGGCUUUCUCGCCUGUGUCCUGACGGUCAAGGCCAGUCUCAUCCUUCCGUUUUUAUUUUGGGAUCUCUUCACGUUGCCUCUGGCUGGCACUGGUGUAUAAAUUAUAGGCUCACAAAUAACGGACCUACCUAUGCAUGCACAUGGGAUUCCUCAGUAGAGAACAGCGUUCAAGGAAUAGCAAUGUCAAAUAACCUACCUUUUAUACACUUGGUGAUUUACGCCAUGCUAAGAUCCACAUCAUCUACUUGAGUAGUUUUCUCUAGACGCCCCUAAUAUAUGUCACAGAUUUUUUUAAAAAUACGUGUGGAAUGUUUGUGUGUCGUUUUAACUCGAGUUUUAGAAGUGAAAAGGCUAUCCCUGUUUUAUUUUUGGAUAUAGAAGAGCGGACUUUUUUUAGAAGUGGGUGUCUCGGUCCAUUCUUAGCAAAGUCGUUCCGUAUCUGGAUCGUGGGCAUAAGUCAAAGUUCUGCUUUUACAUGAACUUGACUUUCUAAUCUGAGUUGGAAGAAGAUAUGUAUUUAUAGAGCCCUCCUUCACCCGACCUUAUAUUUAUCCGACCCAGAAGUAGCGAGGACCUGCCCUCGCUCCUGUUGGUCUGUCGUUGAGUGUCACACCCUCCCUCUUGCCCAUCGGCAAAGCCCUGCCUGUUUUCCUCGGCAUGGUUUGGAGGUGUGUAUAAAACUCUCAGCCUUACCUCUCCCGGACGCUUGGUCUCUGUCCAUUACCAUCCCCUCUGUCCACACCUGAACAAGAUGGUCCGCAAGGAGGCUGUGGGGCAAAGCCCCCGGGGCCGCUGUCAUUUCUCCUUUGGCGUGUCCGGCCCCGAAGAAGCAAAUGCCACACCUAGUUGUGCAGCUUCUCAGUAAAUACCCCUCAAGCAGGGGGCGCUGAGAGCAGCCCCCCACCGUCCCCCAAACCAAGGGUCUGUGGGCAAGGGGAUCGGACGCAGGGACGUACACAGUCACAGCUGCACACAUGCCCGCCCGGCCGUGAAGUGCCUUUAUUUUCAGCACAAACACCCCACCUGGUCGCUCGCUGCCCGGAGACAGGCAGCAGGAAGCUGUGGCGUUGCCCGUUUCGCCAGGAAACGCAGGAGAAACGAUACCACUUUAGUUUUCAUCUGUUGCGUUUGUUUCCUCGUUUGUUUGUUUAUCUGUUUGUUUUUCAGGGACCUCCUUUGGCUGCAGUGAGACGUGUCCUUGUCAGUGUGACUCACUUGCCCCUUGACUAGUUUCAAAGAACACCUGAGAGCGCCCUCCCGCCCCUGCAGCCCCCCCCCCCCACUCUCCACCUGCCCACCACCCCCCAGUCCACGCCGGCUGCCACACACUGCACAGCGGGGACCCCUUUCCUAGAUUUUUUUUUCCAAAGCCUGUGUCGUGUGUCCCCGUGAAUGUUGUUGGACGCAAUGUAAAUAGUGAAAAGAAGACAAAUUUCUAUCAUGAAUCACUAGCCACUGUUAAUAUCUAUUUGUAUUCUUAAAGCCUUUUCGAUAUAUUUGGACAAAUAUAGUUUCUGGCACUAUUUUUGUACUCGGAUGACGGUGUUAUGAUGCAGAUGUAUAUGAUGUUUGGCUCCGCAGCGGGUGUGAAUGUUGAUUCUGGCUUCUUCCUCCUCCCCCCCCACCUGAGAGCCACUUCAGGUGACGACUCACUUCACGGGAACACUCGCCCCUCGGGUCCCGAGGCCCUGGAGCGGUAGGUGUCGGCUGGUUGCCCACUACGCUGACCUUCGGCCGUGCCCUCGUUUGUGCCCUGCUUUGGAGGAAUAAAAGUGAAUGGCA